AUGGCCGAAAAUAAUGCCAGUGAAAAUCCACCUUUGGAGCAACCUACAAACUCCAAACUUGGCACAGACACUCUCACGGAUGCCCAGAACAAAGUUAUCAGCUUUGCGGCCGACGAAAACUCGAUUCUCGUGGUCAACGCUGGUCCUGGCUCAGGCAAGACUUCCACGCUAGUGCGACGAAUUGCCAAUUUGGCGUCGCAAUUCGAUCCCAAGGAGAUCUUGGUGUUGAGUAUGGCCAACCGAUCGGUCAAUUCUAUCCGUCAAAGUUUACAGGACCUCUUCAAAGAUGAUAAAAAUUCGUAUCCUGAUGUGUUCACUUUCCACUCAUUUUGCAGCUUGCUUCUCGAUGAAAACUCAACGUUUCUCUCCAACCGAGUACUUGUAGACGAUUUUUCUUGGCGCAGCUUCUCGAAAAUCUUCCUGACAAGACCUGGUUUGGACCACAAAGCCGUAUCUAUUACUCCUUCAAAGCUUGAACAAAUUCUUCAGGCGGUGAAAUCUGGCGCCAGUAUUGAAGACCAGGCUAAAAAAUAUAACGUAUCGUCCGAGUACAUUGGCCUGGUGCUAGAUUACUUGAAAGCGAACAAAAUGAUCCGAUAUAACGAUCUUAUCGUGAAUGCGCUUGAAAUGUUGAAUCUGACUCGGAACAUCGCAAGGCUCACCAACUACAAGAUUGUCAUUGUAGACGAAUUCCAAGACAUGUAUCCACAAUUGUUGAGCUUGGUCAAAGCGGUAGUCGCCUAUCCCACCGCAGGUCGUCUGGUGUCGGCCAAAAAACAUCUUACCAUUGCCGGAGACCCAAACCAAACCAUCUACGAAUUCUUGGGUUCCGAUCCCAAACUAUUGCAUGAUAUUGGCACCUAUCUAAACAUGAACGUCACAGAAUUGUCACUCGGGGAGUCGUUUCGCUGCACGCCAGAAGUCCUCCAAGUGGCUAGCAAAGUGGGUCUUUCUUCUGCUGGGCUUCUGACCGCCAACUCAAUUCGAUCUCUCAAGCCACCAGGAAUUAAACCGGUGUUACUGUUGCACAAAUCGUCUCGCGAAGAGCACGAUUUCAUCGCGUCGGAAAUCACUCGUCUUAUUUGCGUUCUGGGAGGACUCUUGGUUCCCUCGGACUUUGCUAUCCUCACCAGAGCAAACCGUGAAUUGGACGAAAUCUCUCACACCCUCUUGCAAAACUAUGGUUAUAGCUGUAACCGGUUUUCGCUGUCGUCAUCGUGGAUCAAAUCGAGAGUGCACCUUUUGCUCGACUUGUUAUCUCUACUCAAUGGUGGCAUGGGCCUGAACUUUGCUCUCUUAUGCUUGCUUCCUCGUCUUGAUCGACGGGCGGGAAACUCUAGAAGAGUAUCCAAGUUGUUUCACAUGAGCAACUCUUGGAACAACGAGGUUUGGGGCGGUAGAUUGGAGGAUUACCUACGCCAAGAACUCGGUAAUCUAGGCGAAAAAUCUCGAGGCAAGUUCAGCAUCUUGAAUGUGUACAAGGGACCCGAAAACAGGGCAUUUUUGGAAGCAACCAAGAAACUUCUCGACUGGACAGACAAAACCAGAGAAGUGGCUGCGGAAUUGGCUCCAUUACUGAUCCUCAAGUCGUUGCUCACCAUCACAAGCGAUCUUGAUUUGUUGGAUUACUUGAACAAGCCUGAAUCCACGCACAGAUCACCUGGUGCUGACGCAGACUUUCGCACUCAAACCGAGUUGGAAAACAACUUGGCUGGCUUUUACAAGUCCCUUUGUGCAUGCCAUAAGAGCUUUAUGCUCGACAUGGAUACCACCACUCUGUUUCUCGAAUAUUUCUUGCGCAAUUAUAACGAAGAACCACCCAUACUCGAUCGAAAUAUGAUCAACAUCUCCACCGUUCACACAGCAAAAGGACUUGAAUUUCCUGUGGUUUUCAUAGCUGGUGUCAAGGACGCACAUUCUUCGUUUUGGUCCUCUCUUUUGAACAACGAAGGACGACACGACGAGGAAAAAGCUAGGCUCUUUUACGUUGCUUGUACCCGAGCUCGCAACUUACUUUAUGUGAGUACGCUGAAACCAGUAGGACCAGAAAUACGCAGUUAUUUCAAAAAAGAUUUACCCUCAAGUUCUGAGGUGAUCAAUUGCAUCGCUCGUGAAGGUUACCGGCCACCUCCAACUGCCGAAAAAUUGGAACAGGGCAUCAAAUUGUAUAAAGAUAUUUCCCGGUUGGGGUUGAUCUCUGGAGCACAACGCCGACAUUUUCAUACCCGUUGCUUUGCAAAGAUGGUGCAACGGAUUCCCAGAUGCAUAUAG